CUGCCUCUUCAAAGUGCGUUUAUUGAGGGCGUCCAGUACAGAGAUGUUCACAAGUCUUUGAGGUGAAGGUCAAGCCAUUGCCAACAGGGACUUUCUGCCUGCUGUGGGUUAUCAAAUCAAAUGUAUUUGUCACAUACACAUGGUUAGCAGAUGUUAAUGCAAGUGUAGCUAAAUGCUUGUGCUUCUAGUUCCAACAAUGCAGUAAUAACCAACGAGUAAUCUAACCUAACAAUUCCAAAACUACUACCUUAUACACACAAGUGUAAAGGGAUAAAGAAUAUGUACAUAAAGAUAUGAAUGAGUGAUGGUACAGAACGGCAUAGGUCUAUAAACCUUGUAAAUUAUUUCCUACAUUAUUUUUGGGGACAAUUAAAUACAUUUAAAGUUAGUUGCCAAACACUGUCAUAAUUAUAUAAUUUACAGCAUAUUUAAAUUACAUGAUUUAACAUACUAUGAUACACGCUAGUUCACUUGCUUGUUUUAACAAGCUUUACUUAAAAUUAACGUUUGCUUGUUCCUAUCGUUUAUCUACAUAGCAAUAGCAUACACAAUGUCCGCUCAAUCAAAAGGACAAAGUGCAAAUAUGAGUAUCUACUAUUCUCCUAUUGAAAUAGAUACGUCCUUGUCUGCAUACUUUUUGCGGAACGCAGAUGUUCUAGAACACUUUUCAGCCCUCUGUAUCAAACUCAUUUCUGUUACAAUGCCGCCUGUUCCAUGUUAUCUGACAGAAUGCACAACAAACUUAUCUCAGUACUGACUCUCAAUUGUUCACGAGUCUCAUCUAGAGGUCAAGUCUCAAGUCAAUUGAUCGUGAGUCUAAGUCAAGUCGCGUCGCAAGUCUUUUUCUUUGUGACUCGAGUCUGACUCAGACUCGAGUUUCCAUCUCUGAUCCAGUGUCACACUCUAGGGAGGCGCUCAUACACUUUUGUUCUGCACAGUGACCUUGUUGAUGGAUUGUGUAAUUCUAUAUGAGUCUGUAAUCAAUAGGAAGAAGGAUGUGUGUAUUCCAUUGGCCUGCAUCCACACCAAAUGCCCAAAGCACAAUGGUUAAAUGAUUCGUUUCAGGAAGCCUUUCAAAUUCUGCUGGGAAUAAUGCUUGUUGGUCUAGCAUACCAUAAUAAUGUAUCAAUACAGACACUAUCAUCGAUUGUCACUGCAAUAAGUGACAAUCUGGUGACUCCAUAUGAACUAAAAUGGUAUAGUCCAACCCUUUUUGAGGGGAACUGAGGCGCUGAGUAGAUAGUCCAAAUGCAUUUAAGCAUAGCAGGUGGCUUACCCUGUAGAAUGUGUGUGUUAUUGUUCAGCAAUGAUAAAAUGGCUAAACUGACCAUCAAGAGGCUGUCACCUGAGGAGGAGUUCCCUGACCUAAGCCAGCACAACAACCACAUGGCCAAGGUCUUAACCCAGGACAUGUACACCAAACUCCGAGACCGUGCCACCCCCAACGGCUUCACCAUAGAUGGUGUCAUUCAGACGGGGAUUGAUAAUCCUGGCCAUCCCUUCAUCAUGACUGUGGGAUGUGUGGCUGGAGAUGAGGAGACGUACGAGGUCUUCAAGGAGCUGCUGGAUCCCAUCAUUGAGGACAGACAUGGAGGAUACAAGCCUACAGACAAGCACAAGACUGACCUCAACCCAGACAACCUGAAGGGUGGAGAUGACCUGGACCCCAACUAUGUCAUUAGCUCCCGUGUCCGAACAGGCAGGAGCAUCCGUGGGUUCUGCCUGCCCCCACACUGCAGCCGUGGAGAGCGAAGGGGUGUUGAGAAAAUGUCAGUCGAAGCUCUGGACUCCCUGUCCGGUGACCUGAAGGGGAAGUACUAUGCCCUGAAGAACAUGACAGAUGCUGAGCAGCAGCAGCUAAUUGAUGACCACUUCCUGUUUGACAAGCCUGUGUCUCCUCUGCUGCUGGCCUCUGGCAUGGCCCGGGACUGGCCUGAUGGCAGGGGUAUCUGGCACAAUGAUACCAAGACCUUUCUGGUCUGGGUCAAUGAGGAGGACCACCUGCGUGUCAUCUCCAUGCAGAAGGGUGGCAACAUGAAGGAGGUGUUCAACCGUUUCUGCACUGGCCUCACAAAGAUUGAAACCCUGUUUAAAGAUAAGGGCACUUCAUUCAUGUGGAAUGAGCACUUGGGCUACGUUCUCACCUGCCCAUCCAACCUGGGCACAGGGCUACGUGCUGGAGUCCAUGUCAAGAUCCCCAACAUGAGCAAACAUGCCAAAUUUGAGGAAGUGCUCAAGAGGCUAAGGCUCCAGAAACGUGGAACCGGUGGGGUGGACACCGCAGCUGUGGGUGGCACCUUCGACAUCUCCAACGCAGACCGCCUGGGCUUCUCUGAGGUGGAGCUGGUGCAAAUGGUUGUGGACGGUGUCAAGCUGCUGGUUGAGAUGGAGAAGAAACUGGAGAAGGGACAGUCUAUUGAUGACCUCAUGCCUGCCCAGAAGUGACACUCUUGAUUGCCUCCCCCUUGUCAUCUGAAUAUGACAUCCUGGAAUGCACUCUGUAAUAAACAGCACUUACUCUCUCAUACAAGACACUCUCAUUGAAAGAGGACAUCUGAAAAUAAACUGUUUCUUCCA